AUCUUGUAAUAAACGGCUUGCAAGCGUUUUGACCAUAAAUUGGCCAGCAGAGGGCAACAUGAAUUCACCCACAGCCGGAUGUGUCGUCACAGCAAAAUUUCCUUUUCCGACAUACAUUCUAGGCAAGAUAAUAUGAACUCCAUCAUAACAUGAGAUUGUGAAGAACUAUGAGGCAAUGGCGAGAAAUGUAUUGUGUGUCCAACUGGAACAUACCAUAAGGCAACGUUGGCAGAAAGUGUUGUACAAGAGGCAGUCAUUUCCUGAUAACUAUGUGGAUCAAAGUUUCUUAGAGAAGUUGCGCAAGAAUAUCCAUGCACGCAAGUAUCAGUACUGGGCAGUGGUGUUUGAAUCUGGAGUGGUGAUACAACAACUAUGUAGCGUCUGUGUCUUCAUUGUCAUCUGGUGGUACAUGGAUAUGGGCCUGUUGGCUCCCCAGUGGCUGUUUGGAGCUGGCUUGAUUGCUUCCCUGAUUGGUUAUGUACUCUUUGAUGCCACUGAUUCAGGAAUAGAGAGAAAUCAAAGUGGGCAGACACGAUGGGGAGAUCUGAAGAAUUCUGUGGUAUUUGUGGCAUUCACCUAUGGCUUCUCUCCUAUCCUAAAGACCUUAACUGAGUCUAUCAGCACUGAUACAAUUUAUGCUAUGUCUGCCCUUAUGCUCCUAGGACAUUUGAUCUUUUAUGAUUAUGGGGCAAAUGCAGCUAUUGUAUCCAGUACAUUGUCCCUCAACAUGGCUAUCUUUGCUUCAGUCUGCUUAGCCUCACGGUUGCCACGGUCCUUACAUGCCUUUGUCAUGGUGACAUUUGCUAUCCAGAUAUUUGCCCUAUGGCCUAUGCUACAGAAGAAGCUCAAAGCUCAAACCCCCCAUUGUUAUAUGACAGCUACCUUACUCUUUGCUUUAUCUGCCUUGAUGGGACUGCUAACCAUUUCCAGCGUUGGCACUGUUCUUUUUGCCCUCCUUUUGAUUACCAUCUCAUGUCUGUGCCCUUAUUGCCUCAUUAGACUGCAACUCUUCAAAGACAAUAUCCAUGGGCCUUGGGAUGAAGCUGAAAUCAAGGAAGAUCUGUCCAAGUUUCUUAAGUAGACCUGGAAUCCACACUUUAGGAUUCAAUUCUUCUAAUUAUCCUAGUCCCAGCUAAUACAUCUUUAUCAGCUAAAGCAAUUAAGGCAAGCAGGAAUGGAAUACCUCUGAAAAUGCCUGAGAACAACUUAUUUAUAACCUGCUAUUUUUCCAAUAAAAGUUUUUUUUGUCAAGGA